GGAAAAGGCAAAUAAUGGGUUUUUUUGGGCAAAAACGAUAAGAACCCUAGAACGAAUCUUGCUUGCAACAUCAGCACCUGAAAUAGAAUCAGAGAGAAAAUCAAUGGGAAGUAGAAGGAGAGAUGACGUAAAUUACAGAAACCCAUGUCUGACUAUGCAUCAGCCAUGGGCUUCUCUGCUUGUAUACGGUAUCAAGCGUAUCGAAGGAAGAUCUUGGCCUUCCCCUGUUACAGGUCGGCUUUGGAUUCAUGCUGCAAGUAAGAUCCCGGAUCCCGAAACAAUCAAAGCAAUGGAGGACUUCUACAAACAAAUAUACGCACUAGAUGGAGUUACCGAUCUCAAGUUCCCAGAACAUUAUCCAGUUUCACGGCUCUUAGGUUGUGUUGAAGUGGUUGGAUGUGUUAAAUGUGAAGAGCUUACAUCAUGGGAGGAUGUUCCUCAAGGGGUGAGGCUGGAGGGACAAACAGCUUUUUGUUGGCUAUGUGAGCAACCACAGAAAUUGCUCGUACCAUUCGAAAUGCGUGGAAAUCAAGGAGUCUAUAACUUGGAAAAAAGGAUUCUUGAAGGAGCACUCAGAGGUCUUUGUCCAGUUGAGCCACCAAUGCGGGUUAAGUUUCCACCGCCAGACCCUCGAAACCCGUUAUCUAUAAAGCCAGGGUCACUGGCCCAUGGGCUUAAACCCGGCCCAAACAAAUCUAAAACGGACGAGGGUUCAUCACCAAACCUUGCGGCAGCCAUAGCUGGUGCUAGAGCUGCUGCAACACAGUUUUCGAAGAAGAGUUAUGGCCCGCCGACAGCUGGAUUCCGAGGCCAAGGAUCAAGGAAUAACGCCAAAGAAAAUGCUCAAAGAUUAGAGACCAGUUAUGAACAACCUUGGUGAGAAUUGUGUGUUUCUAGUUUGACAUGUUAGGCUGUUAAGGAUGAUAAAUGUGUAGUAGCAUGUGUUUUGUGUAUGGAAUUUGAAUGUAAAUUCUAGCAGUUGAUGCAAAAUUUGGUGAUGAUUCCAUGUAGUGAUGCCAUAGUCACAUGGAUCGCGGUUUGCUCCGCUUACCGGAACGAAAAUGGAUACGCGGUUCAUGCAUUUCUAAAAUUCGGUAUCAAGGGGGAUAGGUUCAUACGGAACGCUAUUUCUCUACGCGGUACGGCGUACCAUAUAGUUUGGUACGUCGUAUCAUAUACAAAAACAGUUUAUAAUA